AGUGUCAAAUCCUAUAUUGACAAAUCGUGUAAGUCCUGAUCCAUUUUCAGCCAUUUUGACCAGCAGUCCUUGCUAUGAAUAGUUUAUAAAAGCAACACAAUGGAUUUAUUCAAGCAACAAUAUGGACAUGCUCCUGAAGAUACGUGGGACAUGGGUUCUCAGUAUGGAUAUAUGCCAUGGCUUGGAGCAGAUAUGCUUGAAAAUCUAGCAGAGAGAAUUGACACGACAAGCAGAGAACGCAGAGAACACAAAAUGACCAGUGUGUUUGGUAAAGAGGAAACCCAGUUUUAUGAGGUCCAUAACAUAGUAGUCCAGCAUAUUGGACCCAUACCAAUCGCCAAGGGAGACUUCCAUAAACUUCCCAAGAAAUGUCAGAAGUUCAUUGCAAAAUGGGUUGACAUUUGUGCACCUAGAGCAUUGUACAUCUGCGAUGGUUCACAAGGAGAGGCUGAUGAGAUCAUACACAAAUUGGUAGAAAGAGGAGUUCUUACUUCACUCCCUAAAUAUGAGAACAACUUUUUGUGUAGAACUGACCCUGCUGAUGUUGCUAGAGUCGAGGCCAAGACAUGGAUAUCAACAAAAGAAAAGUAUGACACAGUCCCUCAUGUUAGGGAAGGUGUCAAAGGUAUUUUGGGACAGUGGAUUUCAGAGCCAGACAUGGAAAAAGAGAUGAAUGACAGAUACCCUGGCUGUAUGGCAGGCAGGACCAUGUUUGUUAUUCCAUUCAGUAUGGGACCUAUUGGAGGUCCAAUCAGUAAGAUUGGUAUACAGCUGACCGAUUCAAACUAUGUAUUACUAUGUAUGAAGAUUAUGACUCGUGUAUCACCAAAAGUUUGGGAGACAUUGGGAGAUAAAGAUUUUGUCAAGUGUGUUCAUUCUGUUGGUUGUCCUAGACCUGUCCAGAGAAAGGUUAUAAACCACUGGCCAUGUAACCCAGAGAGAAUCAUGAUAGCCCACAGACCUGAACAGAGAGAAAUUAUGUCAUAUGGUAGUGGGUAUGGUGGAAACUCUCUUCUGGGAAAGAAAUGUUUUGCCCUAAGAAUAGCCAGUGUUAUAGCUAGAGAUGAAGGGUGGCUUGCAGAACAUAUGUUGAUUAUGGGACUUCAAAAUGAGAAGACGGGAGAAGAAAAAUUUAUAUGUGCAGCUUUCCCUAGUGCUUGUGGUAAAACAAAUCUUGCCAUGUUAGAACCAUCAGUUCCAGGGUACAAAGUCAGAGUUGUAGGUGAUGAUAUUGCAUGGUUAAAGUUUGACAAAGAGGGUACCCUGAGAGCCAUCAAUCCUGAGGCUGGAUUCUUUGGUGUAGCACCGGGUACAAACUUCAAAACCAACCCUAAUGCCAUGAAGUCAUUCCAGAAAAACUCUAUAUUUACCAAUGUAGCCGAGACUGCCGAUGGAGGAUUCUUCUGGGAAGGCAUGGAAGAUGAAGUAGACAAGAACAUGGCUAUAACAACGUGGUUAAAUAAGAAAUGGCACAUUGGAGCUCCAGGAAAGGCAGCACAUCCCAACUCUAGAUUUACUGCCCCUGCUAGUCAGUGUCCCAUUAUACAUCCUGAUUGGGAGAAACCUGAGGGAGUACCUAUCUCAGCAAUUAUCUUUGGUGGAAGGAGACCUACAGGUGUACCACUGGUGUUCGAGACCUUCAGUUGGGAACAUGGAGUUAUGGUUGGUGCUUGUGUUAAGUCAGAGGCCACUGCUGCUGCUGAAUUCAAAGGAAAGAUGAUAAUGCACGAUCCUAUGGCUAUGAGGCCAUUUAUGGGAUAUAACUUUGGAAAUUAUUUACAGCAUUGGUUAAGCCUGAAUGCAAAACCACACAAGCUUCCUAAAAUCUUCCAUGUGAACUGGUUCCGAGUAGAUAAUGAAGGUUCCUUCCUUUGGCCAGGUUUUGGAGAUAAUAUCCGAGUUCUAGACUGGGUAUUAAGAAGAUGUGCUGGAGAACAAGGCAUUGCUGAGAAGUCAGCCAUAGGUUAUGUUCCAACUAAAGCAUCAUUUAAUCUGACAAACAUUGAUCUUAAAUGGGAUGAACUGUUCAGUCUUCCAAAACCCUAUUGGUUAGAUGACAUUAGAGAAAGCAAAAGAUUCUUAGAGGAUCAAGUUGGUACAGAUGUACCCAAGGCUAUCUGGAAGGAGAUUGAAGAUCAAGAGAAGAGAAUACAAGCAAUGGCCGAUUAGAUUCUUUCAAGUGUUUGAGGUCAUAGUUACUGAAGAGCUUUGUGGCAGAACGUAGUGAUAAUGUCACAGACAGCUUGUUUUAUUGUUGUAGCAUGUUAGAGAAACAUUUAAAUUAAUAUUUGCAUUAUAUAAUAAUGUCAUCUUAUGCACAAUGUGCAAUGCACAUGGAGUCAAAAAUUCUUUGUUGUGAAGUUUAAAAGUUAUUUGUGAGGGUUGUUUGUUCCUUUGUGAAAACAAUUUUUACAGUUAUGAUUCAGUUUUAUUUUAAUAUCAUUUCCAGAUAUAAUAUUUUCUAUGGAAAGGUUUGGAGCUGCUAAAACAUUUUUCCUAAAGUCAACUUAUAGAGUUAGUACAAUUUUAGUUGGAGUUUGAAAGUUUGCAAAGUAGAUAUUGAGCAAUACAGUCUGUUGUAUGACAACAUCUUUAUAUUCAUAUGCAAUAAAUAUCAUGUAUAUGUUUUAUUUAUGUCAGGUUUUUCUGGAUUAUUUUAAAAACAAUCUCUGAAAUUGUUUGUGAAACACUGAUUUCUUUAUUUAAACUAUUUUGUUGUUCCCAGAAAGGAUGCAUGUGAAAGUAAAAGACAAAUUAAGAACACUUUUCAGGCUUUAUCUAGUUUGAUUUGUGGAAAGCAUUUGUUUGAAUAAAUCUCAGGCAUAAGAUUUAAGAAUCUCCAUUCUGUGAGUUAAGCAUUCUGUUCUUAGCAUGUAAAUUAAGAGAUGAUUCAGAUCUCGCUGUAAUUUUUCCAUUCUUAUAAGAUUUGUUAACUGUUUUUUUACACAGACAUAAUGAUUGCUCUGCAAUGCGUUACAUUUGUUUUGUAAAUGCUAUGCCUGUUUAUGCACACUGAAUAUUUAUUUAAGUCAAACAUUUUUUUAAUUCCCUUGUCAGAAUAGUGCUAGCAUUUAGAUUAGUUUUUAAUUGUUUUACAUUUUUAUGUUAUCUAUAUAUAUUAGUGAAUUCCAUUAUCUUUUGUUAAGUUUAAGAGAUGCAUUUCUCCUACUUAUUCAUGUUUUCAUGGCAAAUUGGUGCAAAUAUUCUGAUGUGUUUGAAGUUGCCAUUCAAAAUAGUAUUAUGUUUUUCAAAUCCAAUCCAUAUAUCUGAAAAUAUUAAAAAUAUUCUCUGAA